GUGUACUCAUGUUAUCCGACAUCAACUGACAAUAGUCUAGUGUACUCAUGUUAUCCGACAUCAACUGACAAUAGUCUAGUGUACUCAUGUUAUCCGACAUCAACUGACAAUAGUCUAGUGUACUCAUGUUAUCCGACAUCAACUGACAAUAGUCUAGUGUACUCAUGUUAUCCGACAUCAACUGACAAUAGUCUAGUGUACUCAUGUUAUCCGACAUCAACUGACAAUAGUCUAGUGUACUCAUGUUAUCCGACAUCAACUGACAAUAGUCUAGUGUACUCAUGUUAUCCGACAUCAACUGACAAUAGUCUAGUGUACUCAUGUUAUCCGACAUCAACUGACAAUAGUCUAGUGUACUCAUGUUAUCCGACAUCAACUGACAAUAGUCUAGUGUACUCAUGUUAUCCGACAUCAACUGACAAUAGUCUAGUGUACUCAUUGUACUCAUGUUAUCCGACAUCAACUGACAAUAGUCUAGUGUACUCAUGUUAUCCGACAUCAAGUGACAAUAGUCUAGUGUACUCAUGUUAUCCGACAUCAACUGACAAUAGUCUAGUGUACUCAUGUUAUCCGACAUCAACUGACAAUAGUCUAGUGUACUCAUGUUAUCCGACAUCAACUGACAAUAGUCUAGUGUACUCAUGUUAUCCGACAUCAACUGGGACAAUAUAA